AUGGCCCCCUCCGUCGCCACCUGGCCAAAUUCUACAAUUAAAGGCGCUGGGUGAGUCUCAAGCUCGCCGGCAAGCAAAGCCUCGCUGGCUUGCCCACCUGGCCGUCCCAAACUGAGCGCAAGCUCUCCAAACCGAACCAGAGGGGCGAGUGAUCUUUUCGAGGGUUCAUCUCAUUGGCGAGGAAAAGGCACUUUGCACAUGCCUCGCUCAGAGCCGGUACCACGUUACUUAAGUUUGUUAGAGCUUUGUUGCUUUGCCACAUAUAUACCCUCAAAGGGAGUUAGUGAAAAGAUGCUUCUUUGCAAAUCUUGACUUGCCACUUUAUGAACAAGGUUCUCAAUUUCCUGCAAGUUGCACAGAAGCUUCUUUAUGCUGAAUCAGACUAUUUAUCUAGCCCAGUUUUGUCAGCCCAGCUCUUCAGGGUUUCAGGGGGAGGCCUCUCCCAGUUCUGCAUGGAAAUGCAAUGUAUGUUCUCUAACCACCACCGACCCACGACCCUUCCCCUGAUGUCCUCCUCACCAGCCCUCUUUGAGCACACCAUUUCCCUUUCCUUUCAAGUGUGGCAGGGGGAGGGUGUUGCAUUAGACUUGGCUUACAUAUACUCAAGCCACAUCUGUGGUUUUUCCGUGGGGAGCUCCUCCACAUGCCUGAGUUGUGGCCAGCACCAACAUGAAUGGAUACAUGCAUGAAGCAAGCCUUAGCAUUGUUACCACCCAUCAAGCACAGACACAGCAGACAACUGUUAUUAAUUACCCCAUGCCACCUCAUCUCUAACCAGUUUUCUCCCAUUGCUUGUUUCCAGGCUUCCUUUGGGAGUUCCAGCCCAGGUUUGGAACAGGAGUUCCUUCUUCUGAGAUUCCGGCAGUGCGAAGCUUUUGGGUACGGGUAGGCGCAUCUGCCAAAAGAUGCUUUGUGUAUUUUCUCGCUUUCUUCAUGUUAAAAGUCACUUGUUUGGUUCUAGAAGGGCCAAGCCCUGUAGAGCUGUUCUCUCUUGUACAAACCACUUUCUGCUUUGCCAAAUGUAUAUUUUUUCAUAAGUAUGUCCCCCUGAAUUGAGAAGAAAUUUCUUAUUGAGAAAUGAACUUAAAGUUGCAGCCUUGAAAUCUGAGAUCUUCAGAAUUGACUAAUGUUCCCCUUUCUUUCCUGCUUAGCUGUUUUCUCUCUUUCCCACAGGCCUCACCCCCAGCUUCUUCGUCCCAUCAGUCCUUCCACCUUUUAAAAAGAGGAGACUCUCUCUCUCUCUGCUGCCCACCCAGAGAGAAACGCCAAGGCACCAGGAAAUCAUGUCACGUAAAAGAAAAGUGGACUCCGAGUGCAGAGUUUUCAACGAACAGUGGACAUACGACUACUUUUUCACCCAAUACAAAGAAAGAGGCGUUUGUCUUAUUUGCCACGACACGGUGUCUGUCUUCAAGCAAUUCAAUAUCCAACGACACUACAAUACUCACCACAAGGAUAGAUAUUCUUCUUUGACAGGACAAUUAAGAAAAGAUGAAAUAGCGAGACUGAAAACUGCCUUGACAGCUCAACAAAAUGUGUUUGUGAAGCGGAAGCAGGAGAACAUUUCGUCUUUGCGAGCAAGUUUUCAGAUUUCCAGGCUUAUAGCCCGCAAUGGAAAACCCUUUGUAGAGGGAGAAUUUGUUAAAGAAUGUAUUCUUACAGCCUCCAAAGAGAUGUGUCCGGAGAAGACUGAAUUGUUUUCCACAUUGAGUCUUUCUGGAAGCACAGUGACUCGUAGGAUUGAAGAAAUGGGGGGAAAUUUGCAUGAACUUUUGCAAAAUUCCUCAGAAAAGCUUCGUUACUUCUCGCUGGCACUGGACGAAAGCACAGAUAUCCGUGAUUCUGCGCAACUCCUAAUUUUCAUCCGUGGAACAAAUGAAAAGUUUGAAUUCACAGAAGAGCUUGCUGCACUGCAAAGCAUCAAGGGAACAACGACUGGAGAGGAUAUCUUUGCAAAAGUUCAGCAAACUAUCCAUGAUUUGAAGUUGGACUGGGCUAAACUUGCCAGUAUCACAACAGAUGGUGCUCCUAGCAUGGUGGGGCGUACAAGAGGAGUGGUUGCACGCAUCAACCAAGAGAUGGACAGACACAAUCAGCCACAUCCAAUAGCAAUACACUGCCUUAUCCACCAACAAGUGCUGUGUUGCAAAAGAUCGCUGAAGUUGGACGCAGUCAUGAAAACUGUGGUGUCCUGUGUGAACUUCAUUAGAGCUCAUGCACUUAACCACAGGCAGUUUCAAGAAUUUCUGUCAGAGUUAAAUGUUGAGCAUGAAGAUCUACCAUACCACACAGAGGUCCGUUGGCUGAGUCGAGGAAGAGUUUUAAAACGUUUCUACGAAUUACUUCCUCAAGUUUAUGAUUUUAUGCUGAUGAAAGACAGAGAAGUGCCAGAGCUCCAAGAUGACGAAUGGAAAUGGCUGCUUGCCUUUCUGACUGACAUAACCGAGCUACUGAACAGUUUCAAUAUUCAAUUGCAAGGAAAGGGGAAGCUCAUUGGUGAAAUGUUUGCACAUGUGAAAGCGUUCCAAGGGAAAUUAGACUUAAUUGUUAGACAUGUGAAGGAGAAAAACUUUUUUCAUCUCCCCACAACUCAAAACCGGUCAUUGGGAAAUCCAACAGUUCCAUUCCCAAAAGAAGCAUGUGUGGAUUUAGUGGAGAGUCUGCAAAAGGAGUUCCAAACAAGAUUUAAGGAGCUUCACAUCCAUGAAAAGGACAUACAUCUUUUCCGAAACCCUUUUUGUGUGGACAUUGACACUGCAGAUCCCAUUCACCAAAUGGAAUUGAUUGAACUGCAAACUUGUGAUGCUUUGAAAGACGCAUUCAAGACAAGCAGCCUUGCAGAUUUCUACGCAUCUCUCCCCUCAGAGACAUAUCCAAACAUCAGAAACCAUGCACUCAGAUUUGCAACGGUCUUUGGCAGCACAUAUGUCUGCGAGCAAACUUUCUCUAGGAUGAAACAUCUGAAAUCUCCCACGAGAUCAAGACUGACAGAUGAACACUUACAUCACUUGCUAAGACUAGCAGUGACCAAUAUGGAACCAGAUAUAGACCAUCUCAUCAGCCAAAAGCAGGCCCAUUCUUCCCAUUCUUCCCAUUGAAGUUUUUGUUGAUUACAAUCAUUCUUUAAUUUAAAUAUUGUAUGGUGUUGUUUUAUUUAAAAUAUUAUUUUGUGUUGAUUAAAAUCAUUAUUUUAAAUUUAAAUAUUGUAUUGUUUUCCUGUUUUUUGUGCACCAAAUGCAAUAUGUUCAAUGUGCAUAGGAUUUCGGCUCCCCCCCACCCCCAAAAAAUAUAGUCCGGCCCAGCGAAGGGUCUGAGGGCGGUGGACCGGCCCCCGGCUGAAAAAGUUUGGGG